ACGACUAGGCUGGCAGUCGCCAUGGCUGCGUCCGGGCAGGAGGAUGUGUCGGAACUGUCCCCUGCUGCCGCCCCAAAUUUGGAUUGGUAUGAGAAGCCGGAAGAAACUCACGCUCCCGACGUAGAGCUUGACACUACGGAGCCCUUUUGCCCAAGAGACCUGGUGCCGGUGGUGUUUCCUGGGCCCGUGAGCCAGGAAGGCUGCUGCCAGUUUACUUGUGAACUUCUAAAGCAUAUCAUGUACCAGCGCCAACAGCUCCCUCAGCCCUAUGAACAGCUGAAGCACUUCUACCGGAAAUCUCCCCAGGCAGAGGACACAGCAAGGAAAAAACCUCGGCUCGCCGCAGAGGCGAGCAACAGGAAGUGUCAGCAGGCUUUGGCGGAGCUGGAGAGUGUCCUCUGUCACCUACAAGACUUCUUUGCUCGAACCCUUGUACCACAAGUGUUGAUCCUUCUUGGGGGCAAUGCCCUGAGUCCCAAAGAAUUCUAUGAACUCGACCUGUCCAGGCUGGCCCCGUGCAGUGUGGAUCAGGGCCUGAACACGGCGGCUUGCUUGCGUCGUCUCUUCAGAGCCAUCUUCUUGGCCAAUGCAUUCAGCGAGCUGCAGGCUCCCCCACUCAUGGGUACCAUUGUCAUGGUUCAGGGCCACCGUGACUGUGGGGAAGAUUGGUUUCGACCCAAACUGAACUACCGGGUGCCUAGCCGGGGCCACAAACUCACGGUGACACUGUCCUGUGGCAGACCUUCCGUCCCAGCCUUGGCUUCAGAGGAUUACAUUUGGUUCCAGGCACCGGUGACACUUAAAGGUUUCUGUGAAUGAAGGUAUAAGGACAAUGGCUGAAUUUUCUUCCCCUCUUGUGCCAGGGUACCCAUCUUCCCGCUGAGGGAGGAGGAAGGCUCUGUCCUGGCCAUGUGCCUCCUCUCCCCAGACCUCCUGGUGACUGAUGGUGUGUGACUUGGGGCUGUGAUCAUUGUCGUCAAGCAAAGUCCCCGAAUCAGUGAUUGGCUCCCAGAGGCCCCUGCGCCAGGAGGAUCUGUUUGGGAGUAGAAAGCAAGGCUGUGUCAGUAGAACCCUCUAAUGAUGGAGGUGGUCCUUCUCUGCCUUAUGCUAUGGGCUUUCAGAACUGUUAUCAGGAUCAUAAAGUGGGCAUGGCUCAUGAUUUUAAAUACGAUGAGAUGAAUAAA